AAGCUCGCCCUGGGCCAAGUUUAUCGAGUCCGAAGCUUCAGCCUAAGCCGUAUCUUUUGAAAUUAUUAUAAAAGGCAAAAGAAAGAAAAUCAAAUGCCAGUUAACGUGGGUCCUCACAAUUUCCACUGUGCAGGUGUGAUGGAGAAGGAGGACGAAUGGGUUCUGGUGCAGAGAGCCGCAGAGAGAGACUUGUGGAACCCGAGUGUUGGAGAUGGGGGAGAGGGUUCUAAGCCGUUAAAGGUUACGUUUAGUGGGCCAGCUAAGCAUUGGACCGAUGCCAUUCCGAUUGGUAAUGGAAGGAUUGGAGCCAUGGUGUGGGGUGGUGUCGAUGCAGAGACCAUUCAACUUAAUGAGGAUACACUCUGGACUGGUACUCCAGGUAACUAUACUAACCCCAAAGCGCCAGAGGCACUCUCCAAGGUUAGGAAACUUGUUGAUGGUGGCAAGUAUGCUGAAGCCACUGCUGUAGGAGUCGAGUUGUCAGAUGGUCCUUCUGAUGUUUAUCAACCUCUGGGUGAUAUCAAGAUAGAAUUUGAUAAUUCCCAUCUUAAAUAUGUGGAAGACACUUAUUGCAGGGAGUUAGACUUAGACACUGCUACCGUCAAAAUAAGUUAUUCUGUGGCUGAUGUUGAAUUUACCAGGGAACAUUUUGCUUCUAAUCCCGAUCAAGUGAUUGUGACAAAGCUUUCAGGAAGCAAACCAGGUUCUUUGUCAUUUACCGUGUCCCUUGAUAGCAAAAUGCAUCAUCAAUCACAAGUAAAUGGAAGAAGUCAGAUUCUUCUCCGAGGAAGCUGUCCUGGUAAAAGGAUUAGGCCACAUUUGACAGUGAAUGACAAUCCAAAAGGUGUUCAAUUUUCUGCAAUUCUUGAUAUACAGAUUAGUGAAACCAGAGGCACGAUACAAGCUUUGGAUGACAAAAAGUUUAAGUUAGAAGGGUGUGAUUGGGUUGUGAUGCUUCUGGUGGCUUCCUCUUCGUUUGAUGGUCCAUUCACUACGCCUUCGGAUUCUAAGAAGGAUCCUACAUCGGAUUCCAUCAGUGCAUUGCAGUCAAUUAGAAAAUUUUCGUAUUCUGAUCUUUAUGCACGUCAUUUGGAUGACUAUCAGAAUCUUUUUCAUCGUGUCUCACUGCAGCUUUCAAAAAGUUCCAAGAGCUUACAUGGAGAUGGUUCUUUGGAAGGAAAAAAUCAUGUGUUAUCUACAUUUGACAUGCAUCCUCAGGGAAGUACAAAUGUUAUAACUUCAACAGCAGAGAGGGUGAAAUCU